CAAGCAGCAUGCAUAUGUGCUUGAAUGUUAACUGUCAUGUCUGGACAUGCAUGCUGUCUUAUUGUGACAUAGCACUGUUAAGAUAAAAAGAGAUAUUAUAUUCAGGAGCCAGAAUUUAGAUAGAUGUCUGCAUAACAAUAGCUUGGGUUCGCAUGUAGUUUAACCAAAGCAACAUUUACAUAAACAUAAAUAUAUCUGGAGUCUCCUGAAUCCAAACAAUGUAGGAUGUUGCAAUACAGCUGCAGGGGAACAGUUGCUUCAGAGCUGAUUUGUUAAAGAUAGUUUACCACUAAGAACUCAUACAUGCAACAGCAAUGACUUGGUUUAAAUUGGAAAAUUAUUUUUUGUGAAAUUAAAUUAUACAUUUAAAUGUGUUCCUGCUGUGCUAAACUUUGCUGUCAAAAUCUCAAAACCAAACACAGACUGACCGCCACACAGCUUGAGCUCAUUUAAAAGGAACCAAACUGUCAAAUGCUGAAAAUGUAUUCCAGACAACUCUUGUUUGACCUGCAGUAAAAAAGAAAAACUCCCCUCUUCUCUUAAAAGAGCGGAGGAGGCACUUAUAAAAAAUAAUCAAGUGCCUGCAGAGCAGUCUUGCAACACACUCUACUGCUGGAAAGGGAACAGGCAAGCUUUUCAUUUUACUGUCCUUGCAUUUAUGGGAGCCACAUUAAGGAUUAGAUUUGAAACUUUUAAAUUCACUCUCCAGGCAGAUAUGUCUCCGAGCACUGUUGUUGUGGCCAUCCUGGUUUUCCUGACCAUACAUGAAGGUAGUGUUGUGGGAAAUCAAGUGGUGAAUCUGCGCUGUCGUUGCAUUACCAAGGAGAGAAAGCCCAUUGGCCGUCGCAUAGUGGCAUUGGAGGUGCAUCCUGUGAGCUCCCACUGUGCAGAAAUUCAAAUCAUAGCAACUCUUAAGAUGGAAAAGCGAAAGGUUUGCCUGGAUCCAAAAGCUCCAUGGGUCCAAAAGGUGCUAAAGAACAGGCGUGCAAGGCAGAAAGUCCAAGAACAAACCUCCAAAGCAUAGAUUUUCAUCAUGGAAGCUUUGAAUGUAAACAGGAACAAAGUUUGCUGUCUGCAAGAACUGACAGGCCAGAGAAUGGAUAUCAGGAAAAGAAAAUCUUUUCCAAGAAAUAUUACAUGUCAUUAACAGCGUCUUGUAACUUUAAAAAGCUAUUCUGUAAAUAAUUAACAUAAUUCUAAUGUGAGUCAUGUAUAAAGAAUUCAUUUCAAAAAUCAAACUUGUUCAUGUGUAAAGUCCUUUUCCUCUUCAUAUUUUUUUCUUCUGAACUUAGUUUCUAUUUUUGAUACGUUGUGUACAUGUUGAAUUUUUCCCAUCACAUGUAUCGAAAGAAUAAUUGUGAAUAAACAGAUUUUUUUACCCUAA